UGAUAUUGAGUCUCUCUUUCUCUCCACAGUACUCUGUGCAGCCCAGCAUUCAGCCCAGCCUGAGACUCAGCAGGUGAAAGGCAUUGUGGGAAAGUUGAUCUAUUUUCCAGAGACAGUGUUGAAGUCUGGCAAUUUACUUUAUGGAGACCUUGGCAAUAUUGCACAGGUGUACCCUGUUAAACAAAGUAAUACCAACCUUGUGAAUAGAUUUAAAAACCGCCUUCACUGGAACAAUGUCACUGGAUUCUUCACUUUGUCAGACCUACAAAUAGAGGAUUCUGGGGUUUAUGCUGUGGAGAAUGCAGUUAAAGAUGAAGAGAAGACGACACAUACAUUCCAGCUGACUGUGUACUGUAAGUGUGUGUGUGUGUGUGUGUGUGUGUGUGUGUGUGUGUGUGUUGUAAAUUACUAAAUCAUUAAAGUGGCACUCAGCAGCAGAAACAAUACUAAAGUGGUCUCUUUAUUGGUUUGGUAAAAAGCUGAGGAAUGUGGCUGGAGAAAUGUAACCACUCUCAAAUUCAUAGACAGAGCUAUGGAUGUAAGGACUGAUCAUCCAUUAUAUAAGAAGUAUAUUUUUAACCAUGUUUUGUGACUAUAUAUUGUUUGUUUACAAUUUCUUUGUUUACAAACACCGGAGUAAAACAAGCUUAUGUGUUCUCUGACAGAGACUAAGCUCAUGAGGCAUUUAUAAGUUCUAUUCUUCAAGAAUCAAUGGGUCCAUAUCAUUAAUGUAUAAGUCCAAAAAUGGAUGCCGCAACUGCUCUUUGCCACUUUAAAGAUAAGUUCCAUUUCACCAAUUCCCAUUUUUUCAUUAUUUUCUUCCAGAUGUUCUAUCCAAGCCUCAGGUGAUGGUCCAUGACAACAGCUCCUGUAGCGUGGUGUGUUCUGUGGAGAACGGAAGAGAGGUGACCCUGUCCUGGUACAGAGGAGGAGAGAUACUCAACCAGAGCAGCAGCCCUGACCUCAACAUCACCCUCUCUCUACCUCUCAAGGUGGAUGAACAGAACAGAGACUCUUACAGAUGUGAAGCUGCCAACCCAGUCAGCAAGGAGACCACUGUUGUUCCAAAAUCCUGUAUAAAGAGUCAUCCCUCCAAGUUGACAGGUAAAAACAUUUACAGUAGCAAUGUUAUAUUGCUUAUAUCCAGACAAUACCAACUUCUAUAUGAAACAAUAAGUAUGGUAUAGCUCAUUUUAUGAAACACAAUGUUUUAAUUCAAAUAUUGUUUUCUCUCUUUUUACUUUAGAUGGUGAUAAGAGGACUCAAGGUUUUCUUAUUAUUGCUGUAAUCUGCGUUUUGGUUGCCUCAGGACUUGUUGGACUUGCAAUAUAUCUUAAGAAGAGGAGAAAUGGACAAUCACAAGCAGGUAUUCAUCUUUUAGUGGUGUGUGGUCAUUCUCCUUGUCAAAGUCAAAACAUGUUGUGCACAACCGUUUUUAAAGUGUCAAGGAUAGUGUUUUGGAAAAGGUAGGAAAUGUUUGCCUGAACAAUGGAUGCAGGUCAAAUGAAGUGGUAUAUCUUCCACACUUCCUCUGCUUGGUCAGACAGUUACAUUAUCUCUUUGCCUUUAUAGAUUCACCCGGAAGAAAGCAAGAUGACAUUCAGUAUGCAGAGAUAACUCACAUUAAACCAGCAGAUAACCAGGUUAGUAAUAAUGCUACAGGCUGAUAAACAUAGGAGACGUAAUACAGCAGCUUUUGCAGCCCUCAUGGCUACAACUAUAGCCUUUAGCUCUGUGCCAGUGGGUUAAUGUGGUAUUGAGUUGCACAGACAACCUGAGUUUAAUAACCGGCCUGAUGUCAUUUUAACCAGUUUUGCCCACAUGAAAUAGUUGGGUUGCACAAUGAGAAGCCAAACUGCACAUAUUUAUACACAGUACCAGUCAAAAGUUUGGACACACCUACCCAUUCAAAUGGGUUUAUUUACAUCCAUGGUAGUGAGCAUUUCUUCUUUACCAAGAUAAUCCAUCCACCUGACAAGUGUGGCAUAGGAGGAGGAUUUCUGUCUGUAACAAAGCCCAUUUGUGGUGAAAAACUCAUUCUGAUUGUCUGGGCCUGGCUCCUGCAUGGGUGGGCCUAUGCCCUCCCAGGCCCACCCAUUGCUGCGCCCUUGCCCAGUCAUGUGAAAUCCAUAGAUUAGAGCCUAAUGAAAUCAUUUCAAUUGACUGAUGUCCUUUUAUAAACUGUAAUUCAGUAAAAUCUUUGAAAUUGUUGCAUUUACAUUUUUGUUCAGUAUAGUAAUGCAUUUGAUCUUCCCGUGUCUUUUACAGUAUUUGACAAGUCUGUGGACUUUCAAGCUUGGCUUCGUGGUUCCUCCCACUAGAUUUAGGAAUGGUCCUAGAUGUGUUUACUGUUGAGUUGCCUACUGCAGAACAAUGAGACUUGACAAGAAAGCGUCAGACGUGUCUUGUUUCCUUCCUCUGGCGCAAAGUAUCUAAUAAUGAAACAUAUGAUCAUUUUUCCCCUCUUUCCUUGUCCCUCUCAAUCCUUCCCUCCCUACCUCCCUUUCCCUGUCUAGGAGUCGCUUAGAGACAACCCUAACCUGACAACAGUAGUUUAUGAUACACUCCAGUUACAUCGCAUGGCUGCCAGCGAGGAUGUUAACACUGCAUGAAGGAGCAAAACAGCAAGGUUCUGAGAGGGUGACAUGAUAAUUCACAUCCAAGAGAAGGCUUUACAUCCUAAAGAGGACGUUAAGACAAAAGUAUAGUAAAUAUUCAUCUAGAAAACUUAAUGGAGGCACAGUUGUUACUGGAGAAAAUUCCCAUUUAACCAUUGCACUGUUUUUAUUUCAGACUUCCUUUGUUGGUCAUUCUCACAGUCUUUUGUUGAAUUGGGGCCUCAAUGAGAUUCACUGAUAGACAAAUUCAAUAGCUAUGCCUAUGGUUAUUAGUAGGAUGAUCACACUUUUCUAGUGCCCAUUGUCCCAAUGUAUAUCUUAAAACAAAUGGAACCUAUCUUUUAAUCCAAUUCACUAGUGUGUUAGCUAUGCUAUUGCUGGGCCAAAGCUUAUUUUCAGUACUGUCUGUUCUGUUUAAAUGUAGGUGCCUGCCCUGUAUCUUUUUAUAGCUGGUCAUUGUUUAGCUUGCCAUUGGAUAGCAGCAGUGUACAUACAAAGCAUAUGUUUGGUGAGAUAAAGCCUCCUACUCCUUAGAAGCAAUGGCUGUUAUGCUAUGUUGGAAACAAAAAGUCCAUAGGUUGAUUUUUUUUUUUUCUUUCACCAUGUAGAUUCUAUUGAAACAUUUCUGAGGGGUAGAUCUUGAUUUGCCUUUUGACUCAAAGUGAUCUUUGACAUUUUACUCAUUGCUUUUCAUUUUUAUACAUUUGUAUUUCAGAGUAGUUACUGAGACUGAAUAUUAAGAUAAUAUAAUACACAUUUCACUAUUCUAAAAUAAGCUUAUCACUAAUUCAAACUGAUAAAGUGUACUGAGCUUUUUUUGUACUGAGCUUCAAUAUAUUAAGUCAGACUUACCCAUACAUUCAAUACAUUUCCUAAUGUUAAAUGGUCGUCAAUUCCCCAUACAUGCUUGAAAAAUAUACUUACCUUAUCACAACGCAAAAUAUUAUUAAAGUUUACUCCAUUGUUUAUAUUUUUGUUGUCAUUUGAGUUUUUGUAAACAAUGUAUUGCUACAACAUACCUGUGAAAACUGUCAGUCCUUGCAGCCAUAGCUGCAUUCAAUAGUUUGAGAUUGUCUCUGGAGAAAUUGUGCCACACAACCUCCAGAUUCUGGUUUUAAAGUUUGACCUAGAUAGUUUGUGUAUUGAUAUGUAGGCUAGGUGUGCCUUUUUUUAGUUAUUGAUGUAGUUCUGUUCUUGUCUAUUAAUGUUCUGUGUUAUGUCAUGUUUUGUGUGGACCUCAGGAAGAGUACAGUGUGGGGAAAAAGUAUUUAGUCAGCCACCAAUUGUGCAAGUGCUCCCACUUAAAAAGAUGAGAGGCCUGUAAUUUUCAUCAUAGGUACACGUCAACUAUGACAGACAAAUUGAGCAUUUUUUUCUCAUCUUGAUCUACACAACCUACAACACAAUUUCAAACUAAAAGAACAAUUGUAGAAAUAUCCCAAUACUUUUGGCCCCGUAAAAUGGGGGACCUACAUUUACAUUUACAUUUUAGUCAUUUAGCAGACGCUCUUAUCCAGAGCGACUUACAGUUAGUGAAUACAUGUUUUUUUAUAUAUAUAUUUUUUUAUACUGGCCCCCCGUGGGAAUCGAACCCACAACCCUGGCGUUGCAAACGCCAUGCUCUAUCAACUGAGCUACAUCCCUGCCGGCCAUUCCCUCCCCUACCCUGGACGACGCUGGGCCAAUUGUGCGCCGCCCCAUGAGUCUCCUGGUCGCGGCCGGCUGCGACAGAGCCUGGAUUCGAACCAGGAUCUCUAGUGGCACAGUUAGCACUGCGAUUCACGGUAAUGUCUACACAUGUUGUAUUCGGCACAUGUGGCAAAUAAAAUUGGAUUUGAUUUGGAAUACAUAGAAUUGCAGGAAAUGAGCUUUCAAACAGUAACAUUUUCCAUCUAGGGGUUGUGCCAGAGCGCAAUGAAAUUCACAUAGCAAAUAUCACUCCAGCUUUCUUCAAAAGUUGGCAGCCCUGCAGGAAGGUAGUUAGCUUAGCUAGCAAGCAAUCUGUGCGGACACUGGACUGGCGCCAAAGUGAACACUCAUCCUUGAUACAUUACUGUCUGGGCCCUAUUAUGUCAGUGGGCUUAUUUAGUUCGUUUUCGGAAAUAUGCAAAAAGCAAGAUAUUUGGUGCAAAUCUAUAAUUCAGGCGAGAUUGUUGUUAGCUAGCUAGCUAAAUUAGAACGUGUGUGACUAAAACCAGUGCAGUAACCAUUUUACUGCAUGAAUGUUUUCAGUCGUCAGCACAUGCAAUUUGGAGUUUAAAUAUAUAGCCAAUUAAUUUUGUAUUGAAUAACAGUAAUUUACAUGACGGUUUCAGUAAGAAAACACUGUCCUAAUAAAGAGCUAGCGUGUGCUUGUCAUAACAAGCUCUCAUUGGGUUUCCACUAGUUACCACUACCACAAUGUCACAAAAAAAUCAUAAAAACAAAAAUGUGCUUUUUGGUCUUAAUUUAAAGUUAGGGUUAGCCAUAAGGGCAGCAAUAUGGUUAAGAGAAAUUGUAGAAAUAGGCAGGAUUUAUGACUUUGUGGCUGUGGUAACUAGUAACAAUCCUCUCAUUGCAAGGUUGCCAUAAGGUGUUUCUUUACAUGACCUUUGACUGUUGUAAAGCACCGUAAUUAAUCUACUCAAUACAAAUUACAUCUAGUGGUGACAUUACGAACUACAUGUUUCUGCAUUUCACUGCAUAGGUUGUGAACUCGUGAACAGUGCAGUUUCAGAUUUACUUUGUGACUAAGUUGAAUUCAUUCAGCCCUUCUUGUUUAUUAGUGUGCUUGUAGUGCUUCAGCACAAACACUUAUGGAUUCUUACCCACUGCCAUAGAUAGGUACACCUUAAAGAUUUGUCUGAGAAGGUAAACUGAACAAGUGUUUUGUAUUUACUUUCGUAUUUAUAGAGGAUAUAGUUGCUUUUUGGUGGUUAUCAUGUAAACCACAAAUAGAAUGUUCUUAAAUAACGUUAACUGUAGUACUUAGUUAAGAAAUCAUCAUUUAGAGUAUCUGUUAAUCUUUUGGAGCAUCAAUUGUGUUAAAACAUGUAUGUUUUUCAUUCCAUCUCUAAAAAAAAAAACAUAUUGGCAGAUAUAUCAGUAAUCGGUGACUUUUGCCUCCCUAAAAUUGGUAUCAGACCCAAAAAUCCCAUAUCAGUCGGCCUCUACUUCCUUCAUGCGUGCAAUGAUGUCAGAGGGGAAAAAACUGUGUUCGUUGUUUGCACUAACUUCUUUGUUGUUGUAAUAUCGCAAAUGGACGUGGCUGUUUCACCAUUAAGGAUUUCAGCAUUAAGAUAUGGUGGGAAAUAUAAACUGUAGAAUAUACAGUAUUUACUAUGAAAUGUACUAUGUGAAUAAUAUGACAGUUAUUUACAGUAGAUAAAGUGAGCAGUACAAAUAAAUAAUAGCAGCAGUGAUGGUAGUGAGAGAAAGUGUGUAUGUAUGAAUGUGUGAGUAAAGAGUCCCUGCAAAUAGUCUCUUAAUAGGGGGCAGGUGAAUAGCAGGUACAGUAUGUGCAGAUGGACUGCUAGGGUUAGCUGUUCAACAGUGUUAUGACCUGGAAGCUGUGUUGGAACCGGUAGGUCCGAGACCGGAUGCUCCGGUACCUUCUGUCAGAUAUGUAGUAUACCUACCGCUCGGAACCUCUUCUUCAACUCCUCAUCUGUUGCCUCUGGAUCAAUUUGUAACACCUCAAAGAGGUGCUGUAAUUCCUAAACGGUUCACCUAAUUUGGAUGAACAUACUCUCACAUUAAAGCUGACAGUCUGCACACACUAAACACAUUACGCCCUGUUCAAAUCGAUCAUUAUUGUGUCACCUGGUCAAAUUGUUAACAAAGCAGGAUGGUGAAUCAUUCACAAACAUACAAUAUCCUUUAAAUAAAUGCAUGUCGCUACACCCGUAAUAACAUCUGCUAAAUAUGUGUAUGUGACCAAUACAAUUUGACUCUCUCUCUCUCUCUCUCUCUCUCUCUCAAAAUGGAAUACUCAUCCACCAUCACUCAACAUUCAAAAAUUAUCUGGAGAAGAAAAUGCGCACACAGGAUUAAUUAAUCUUUAACAGGUUAGGUGAGAUGUUACCUUUGAUGCGGUUUCAUCAUACGGAAAAAUCACUGCAAAGGUUCCUGGGUACACCACCAAGGCUGCCGCUGGGAUAAGAGGAUAAUAUCUCCCUCCAUGCCCCUCCUAUUUUUUGUGUUGUGUGUGAAAAGCAAAUACAGCUAUAGAUGCAGUUGUAGUUGUGGAGCCUGUUGGAUGAUUGGAUGGACUGUAGGCUACGAUGCUGUUUUCUCGACGAGAAAGACUGAAGGUGAUCGUACUGUAUCUCUUCGGUACGUACCCCUUGAUUUUGUGACUGUGGUUGUAAAAACGACAGCUGUCGUUAAACUCAUUUGUGACACCUUUAGUCAUUCCACGUGAUACAGAAGCGUCAUAUAUGUAUAUAUAUAUAUAUAUAUAUAUAUGUGUGUAUAUAUGUAUAUGUAAGCUAUACAUGUAGGCUUAUGAGUCUUAUUAGUUAUGUUCCCAAAUGUAAUUGCUAAAUCUGCAGGCUAGCUGAUGCUUUAUACCAUUUUAUGGGACUUCCACUGUUGUUCCAGGCAUAGCCUUCACACUCAAGUUACACAGCUGAUAUAAAAAGGAGGCAUCGACCCAUUUGCUAAGGUUGUAGGGAGUUUUUCUGUGCAAAAGCAAUUACACAAGCAUAGGAAGUAGUUUGAUGGUGGGGGCUGGGUGCUUUUUUUUGUUUGUUUAUUUUCUUCUUUUAUACAUUUCAGGGGGUGUUACAGCAACCCUACUUCCCACAGCUAUGUUCACAAGCGUUGAUGGAUACACCUAACAACAGUUGUGUGAAAAAAAUUGUGCAGACAAACUCUGUUGCGAAGUUGAUCAACUUGAGUAACUCAUUUUAACAGGCAGGUGACUUUGUUAUCUAUUUCUCUGAGAAUAAUGAUCUGACUGCAACCAAUGUGCCUCUUAUUUGAAUGUUUGGCUUGAAUAUGAGCUCCCACAAUUCCCCACUGUGUUCAGGAUGGAGAAGAGAGAGCAUUUUCUCUUGGUCACAAAAUUACAUUAGAUUUUUGUCCAACUUGCCUAAAGCGCUGCCCUUGCACAACUUCCCUUUUCUGAAAUGGUAAUAUGAACAACUGUGUUUAUGUUUCGUAUUAUGUUUUAAAACAUUAUUGUCAUGAUAAGAACUAGAGUUGGGAAUCUCCUCAAUGGUGUUCUAUCAUUAAAUGACAAUGAGCAUAGGUCCAUCAACAAAAUGAAGAACCCCCGUAGAUCAAACAUUCAGGGCCUGUUUCCUGUACACAGAUUAAGCCCUGGACUCAAAAGUAUACACAAUGUAGAAUCUCCAUUGAAAUAGUGUUUUAGUCCAGGACAAGGUCUAAUCUGUGUCUGGGAAACAAGCCCUCAAAGUAUUUAAGAUAUAGUGUGAGAAGGAAAAGAUGUGGGUUUUGAGGUUUGGGUUUUGUCUGUCAGAUCUAGCUUGAGUUUCUUGACUGAGGUGCUUGUGAACUGUUAAAGGACUGUACGUUAUUUAUAAUGAGGGAUACCUGGAGAACUUUGACUUUGACUAGGGCAUUCCAAAACUUCAAAUUUGUUGCUUUUAACCAUUUCAUGUAGACUUGAUUGUGUGUUUUGGAUCAUUGUCUUGCUUCAUGACCCAGCUGCUCUUCAGCUUCAGCUCACAGACGGAUGGCCUGAUAUUCUCCUGUAGAAUUCUCUUAUAAAGAGCAGAAUCCUGUCUGGACAUGUCCAUUUGACGUGAUGCUGUGUCAAUGCUAGCCGUUUGUCUAUCUUUAAGUUUCAUCAGGGCUGAACUCCUUGAAAUAAGUUUCAACUUAGACUUGAAUAAUAUAAAAUUGUUAAAUAGUCAUGCGACAUAGCUAUAGCUAAUUUGUAGGAGUUUCACAAAUUCACUAUGAAUUCCAAGGUUUGAUACGGAGCUCGGAGAAAAGAUUGUGCUCAGAGCUUUUCCUUUCGACACACCAACUCGCCCAUACUCUAGUCGACAUAUUGCUAACAUAUUGCUAACAUAAUUGCAAAAGGGCUUUCGAAUGAUAAAUUAGCCUUUUAAAAUGAUAAACUUGGAUUAGCAAACACAACGUGCCAUUGGAACACAGGACUGAUUGCUGCUGAUAAUGGGUUGUAUGCUUUGAUGGAGGUAGUUUAUUUUGUGUCAUGUGUUUAAUAUUUUGAAAUGUGUCAUUUUGGCCAACGUGUUUCAGUUUGGGGCUACAUGUUAAUUGUUUAGAAAAAGUUUGGAAAAAUGUUCUCAAGAAAUUGAGAAACUGUAAUUUGCUACAUUGUUAUGAUAUUAGAGAAGACCUAUGAUAUUUAAGACAAUGCAUUGAUAUUUAGUCUCUCUUUCUCUCCACAGUACUCUGCACAGCCCAGCAUUCAGCCCAAACUGAGACUUGGCAGGGGAAAGGCAUUGUGGGACAGUUUCUCUCUUUUCCAGAGAUGGUGUUGAAGUCUGGCAAUUUACUUUAUGGAGACUUUGGCAAUAUUGCACAGGUGUACCCUGGUAAACAAAGUAAUACAAACCUUGAGAAUAGAUUUAAAAACCGACUUCACUGGAACAAUGUUACUGGAUUCUUCACUUUGUCAGACCUACAAAUAGAGGAUUCUGGGGUUUAUACUUUGGAGAAUGCAGAUGACAAUGAAGUCAAGAUGACACGUUUCAGCUGACUGUGUACUGUAAGUGUGUGUGUGCUGUAAAUUACAAAAUCAUUAAAACGGCAAUCAGCAGUAGAAACAGUCGCUUUAUUGGUUUGGUAAAAAGCUGAGGGAUGGGGCUGGAGAAAUGUAACCACUCUCAAAUUCAUAGACAGAGCAAUGGAUGCAAGGACUGAUCAACCAUUAUAUAACACUUAUAGUUGUAACAAUGUUUUGAAACAAUAUAGUGUUUGUUUACAAUUUAUUUGUUCACAAACACUGGAGUAAAACAAGCUGAUGGGUUCUCUGACGCGGACUAAGCUCAUGAGGCACUUCUAAGUUAUAUUCUUCAAGAAUCAAUGGGUCAAUAUCAUUUAAUGUAUAAGUCCAAAAAUGGAUGUAGCAACUGCUCUUUGCCACUUUAAAGAAGUUCAAUUUCACAAAUUCUCAUUUAUUCAUUAUUUGUCUUCCAGAUGUUCUGUCCAAACCUCAGGUGAUGGUCCAUGAUAAUAGCUCCUGUAGCAUGGUGUGUUCUGUGGAGAACGGGAGAGAGGUGACCCUGUCCUGGUACAGAGGAGGAGAGAUACCUCAACCAGAGCAGCAGCCCUGACCUCAACAUCACCCUCUCUCUACCUCUCAAGGUGGAUGAACAGAACAGAGACUCUUACAGAUGUGAGGCUGCCAACCCAGUCAGCAAGGAGAACCGCUGUUGUUCCAAAAUCCUGUAAAGAGAGUGAUCCCUCCAAGGUGACAGGUAAAAACAUGUACAGUAGCAAUGUUAAAUUGCUUAUAUCCAGAAAAUACCAACUUCUAUAUGAAACAAUAAGUAUGGUAGAGCUCAUUUUUUGAAGUGCAAUGUUUUAAUUGCAAUUCUCUCUUUUUACUUUAGAUGGUGAUAAGAGGACUCAAGGUUUUCUUAUUAUUGCUGUAAUCUGCGUUUUGGUUGCCUCAGGACUGGUUGCAAUCAAUUUUAAGAAGAGGAGAAACGGACAAUCACAAGCAGGUAUUUCUUUUAGCGGGGUGAGGUCAUUCUCCUUGUCAAAACAUGUUGUGCACAACCUUUUUAAAGUAUCAAGGAUAGUGUUUUGGAAAAGGUAGGAAAUGUUUGCCUGAACAACGGAUGCAGGUCAAAUGAAGUGGUAUCUCUUCCACACUUCCCCUUCUUGGUCAGACAGUUGCAUUAUCUCAGACCACUUCUCUAAAUGUUGAAAAAGCAGAAGGCAAAUACAUUUUUACAUUUUUAGUCAUUUAGCAGACGCACUCUGACAAUCAUUACUAUAUAGCUUCUCUGAUAAACAUAUGAGACGUAAUACAGCAGCUUUUGCAGCCCUCGUGGCUACAACUAUUGCCUUUAGCUCUGUGCCAGUAGGUUAAUGGUGUAUUGAGUUGCACAGACAACCUGAGUUUAAUAACCGGCCUGAUGUCAUUGCAACCAAUUUUGCCCAUGUGAAAUGGUUGGGUUGCACAAUGAGAAGCCAAACUGCACAUAUUGUGUACACACUGAACAGUCAAAAGUUUGGACACACCUACCCAUUCAAAUGGGUUUGUUUACAUCCCUGGUAGUGAGCAUUUCUUAUUUGCCAAGAUAAUCCAUCCACCUGACAAGUGUGGCUUAGGAGGAGGAGUUCUGUCUGUAAUAAAGCCCAUUUGUGGGGAAAAACUCAUUCUGAUUGUCUGGGCCUGGCUCCUGCAUGGGUGGACCUAUGCCCUCCCAGGCCCACCCAUUGCUGCGCCCUUGCCCAGUCAUGGGAAAUCCAUAGACUAGAGCCUAAUGAAUUAAUUUCAAUUGCUUGAUGUCCUUUUAUGAACUGUAAUUCAGUAAAAUCUUAGAAAUUGUUGCAUGUUGCAUUACUAUUUUUGUUCAGUAUAGUAUGGCUUUGAUCUUCCCGUGUCUUUUACAGUAUUUGCCAAGUCUGUGGACUUUUAAGCUUGUCUUCGUAGUUCCUCCCACUAGUUUUAGGAAUGGUCCUAGAUGUGUUGACUGUUGAGUUGCCUUCUGCAGAACAAUGAGACUAGACAAGAGAGCGUCAGACGUGUCUUGUUUCCUUCCUCUGGCACAAAGUAUCUAAUAACGAAACAUGUGAUCUUUUUUCUUUGUCCCUUUCAAUCCUUCCCUCCCUACCUCCCUCUCUCUCCCUGUCUAGGAGGAGCGAACAGGUAUACAAGAACUGGAGUCGCUUAGAGACUACCCUAACCUUACAUUAGUUUAUGGUACACUCCAGUUACAUCGCAUGGCUGCCAGCGAGGAUGUUAACACUGCAUGAAGGAUUAAAACAGGAAGGUUCUGAGAGGGUGUCAUGAUCAUUCACAUCCAAGAGAAGGCUUUACAUCCUAAAGAGGACGUUAAGACAAAAGUAUAGUAAAUAUUCAUCUAAAAAAAGGUAAUGGAGGCACAGUUGUUACUGGAGAAAAUUCACAAUUAACCAUUGCGAUGUUAUCAUUUCAGACUUCCUUUGUUGGUGUCACGACUUCGGCUGAGGCUGCCUCCCCUCCUUGUUCGGGCAGGCUUCGGCGUUCGUCGUCACCGGCUUACUAACCACUGCCACCCCAUCAUCAUCACAAUUGUCUUGUCUUGUCAAUCACACACACACUUAAUUAGUCCGUGUAUACGUUUUCCCUCUGCCCCCUUGUCCUUGUGGGUGAUUGUUAUUUGUGAGAGUAGUGUAGGUCGUUGGAGCUACUCGUAACAUAUUGUUGCCAGGGUAGAUUUUCCCCUGUGCCUAUGUAUUGUUGGAUAUCCAUUACAUGGUAUUUGCCAGGGAUGAUAGUUUCCCCUGUGCCUGUUUCGUUGAUCGCUACUUGAGCGCAUUUGUGUGUCUACGAAGGAAUAAACUCUGUGAAUACCCUCCUGCGCCUGACUCCUUUCCAUCACACUCAUCACAGUUGGUCAUUCUCACAGUCUUUUGUUGAAUUGGGGCCUCAAUGAGAUUCACUGAUACAGACAAAUUCAAUAGCUAUGCCUAGGGUUAUUAGUAGGAUGAUCCCUCUUUUCAAUUGCCCAUUGUCCCAAUGUAUAUGUUAAAACAAAUGGAACCUAUCUUUUAAUCCAAUUCACUAGUGUGUUUGCUAUGCUAUUGCUGGGCCAAAGCUUCUUUUCAGUACUGUCUGUUCUGUUUAAAUGUAGGUGCCUGCCCUUUAACUUUUUAUAGCUGGUCAUUGUUUAGCUAGCCAGUGGAUAGCAGCAGUGUACAUACAAAGCAGAUGUUUGGUGAGAUAAAGCCACCUACUCCUUAGAAGCAUUGGCUGUUAGGCUAUGUUGGAAACAAAGUCCAUAGGUAGAUUUUUUCCUUUCACCAUGUAGAUU